CUGGUUUGACGUGUCAGCGGAGACGUAGUACAAGAAGCAGAUUGAGGGCAAACAUUUCUUGCACUCCUGACUGUUUGACCGACUCUCCUUGCUUUCUCUUUCUCCGCGUUGAAUUGUUUGUGUCACCGCAAACAAACUCCCCGCUAAUUAAAUUUUAUAUAGGCAGUAACCUGCCAACACCAGUUAGCUGUAGAGGUUUAUUUUCUUCGUCCUGGGUAGCUGUAACCGCCUGCAAAAUGUCUUUCUUGACAAGUCAUUCGGUCUCGCAUUUCAGACCAGAAUAUCGUUUCCUUUAAACCGCUUCAGAUAUUUUGGAGAGGACUUUUUUGUAGAAAUAAAUAUCUUGAAGUUUGAAAAAAGUUUUUUGUUUUUGUUUUUUUUUUAAAAACCCAUCACAAAUAAUACAGAGUAACAAAAUAAUGGUAACAAAAAGAUGGGAAACUGCCCCAUCCUUUGGUUAUAUUUGAUUCCAUAGUUCAAUCAGACUUGAGAGCCAUAUAAAACGCAAUGAACUAACUUAACUCACUGGUUAUUACUGUGUAUUUACCAUCCACUGUCUCUGUUCUUGUUCAGGGUGCUGAGACUCUACAAGAAGCCGUGACAGGACUCCGGCCAUAGAAAAAAAAAAAGCAUUUUUGGCCCCACAUAAAGGAGGAGGAGGAGGCGCUUCUCGCCUUGAAGCUGAGACGUUUUUAGAUGGAUUCUUUAUGUCUGCUUCAGCACCGGAGCAGACGGUCUGCUCUGAACAUUUACAAGCCGUGACAGCACGUUACAAAACAUGACGCAUCGUAGCGUAUGGAUUGCCAAAAACAUGAGCUGCUGCACCCAGCGCGGAAGAAGGAGAAGAAGAAGAAGCGGCUUCCCUGUCCUCUGCGGUGCGGAGCAGGACGCGCGCAGGACAGCUGGUGGGACCAGAUGGAGGAUUCGGAGGGCGGAUAGACAAGACGUUACUUCUGCAAAGGGCAAGGUGCUGCUGUGGGUGCUCAUUGCUUUGCUGCCUCUGGUGGAAGGAGCUCAUAUGAAAGGUGGUGUUGGUGUGGGAUCAGAGUCAGGCCACGCUGUGGGCCUGCUGGGAAACCAGGAGGAGAGACAGCUUCCUGUGACGCUGCCUGAAAUGGUGGAGGACAAGGAACAGAAAGAAGACAGUGACCCUUACUCUACUUGGCAUCCUCUUUAUGACCCUUUUGUAAUGGAUGAGGUGGAUGACCAUCCCAGCAGUCGCUGGGUGGGACGCUCACCACGCUCCUCUGACCCCACAGAACCUCAGCCCAAAGGAUCAUCGAAGAAAAAGAAGAAGAAGAAAGAAAAGGAAGAAGAGACAGAAACAGGGAACAGAAAGGGUAGGGGGAGAAACGGACCCCCGAAGCAAAGCAGCAGGCACUGCCGUGUGGAGAAAAAAGAGAUGAGGGUUCGGGACCUAGGACUGGGAUUUGAUUCGGAUGAAAUCGUCCUUUUUAAGUUCUGUGUAGGCUCCUGCCAGGCCGAAAGAACAAACUAUGACCUGGCACUGAAAGCACUGCUGGAGAAUGGCUCGCUGCCUCGACGCACCGCCCGCAAAGUCAGCAGCCACCCCUGCUGCCGGCCCGACCGCUACGAGCCGGUAUCGUUCAUGGAUGCCAAGACCACGUGGAGAACCAUCCAGUCGCUCUCUGCCGCCAGCUGCAUGUGUAUGGGCUGAAUUAUGAGGAACAGAUAAGUGCCCGGGAUGGAUAAAGCUCAAGAGCCUCUGGCUGGAUAGUGUGUGUGUGUGUGUGUCUCUGUGUGUGUGAGGCCCCAUGUGUAGGAUUUGGCCAGAUGGGGGCACUGUCUCACACAGACACAGAGAGCAAUAGAGGCCACUUGUUUGCCUCCCUGAUACAUUUCCUGGUGAAGAGGAAGUGGGCUAGCCGCAGCUGGACAUUAAGGGCCAAGGUCAAAUCAAGAGACUGAGGGGGAGGUCAUUAGGGAACCCCAGUCUGGAUACUGUUCCCUCAUGAAGAGUGAAUUCUUUUUAACCGAAUAACCGGUAACCAAUGCAGGAUACUGAAGCCUGGUUAUUAUAUACAGAGACCUUCCUCAUGUGUUUGAUUUCAUAUGGGCGAGACCUGAAGGCUGAAGCUCAAGCGAUGUAAAGAAAAUUUACAGUUAAUGGACUGACGCUGUGUUUCCAUUCAGACCAUUCGUGCUCGGUGAGAACAGGUCUUUCCACAAGAUUCCUUCUCUUCCCGCUCACAGACAGGGACAUUACAUUGUGUCUUUUCUAUGUUCAGGUGAACUCAGCCAAAUGGAUGCCAUGCAUCUUCAUGUAUUACUGUAUAAAAGUAAAGUAUAUUUAUUUUGGAUAAAUUAUUAUUUAUUUAUUAUGGCUUCAUAUGAGAGCUGUUUUUAUGAACUCUAUAUUGUAGAUAAAUAUCUAUUUAUUGCCAAGAUUCACUUUCCAUGUCGACAGUUACUUGUGCUCGCAUACAGUACAACAUUAUUUUUCUUUUCCAGAUGCUGAUUUUCACACUUACCUAGAAAACAAAGUCAAACUUUGGCUAAACAGUUUCUUCUAGGCAGAAGUAGAUUGGAUUUCUAAAAACUGUUUAUUGAUUUUUUUUUCUAUUAAACAUAACAAUAUCCAAGAGGUCAAAUUCUUAUUUACGUUUCAUCCCAGACUAACAGAUAUUGGGCAAAAAUGGACCAACAUUGAAACAAUGUGGAAGAACUGAUAAAUAUUUAAUUUUGUUUACUUUGAGAGCAUCUAACAUAAUUGAGUCUGGUGAGAUAUCUGUUUUUGUGGUCAGCUUUGUGUUGGAAAUAGUUAUUUAAACUUUAAUGCAUACUGUAUUGUAUGUACAGUGCAUAGUGAAGAGGAUCCAUUAUACUUUUCCUUUGCUGUUACAUUGGUGGAUGCUCAGUUUUAAACACUAAAUACUGAGGUUAUUGUAUGAACAAGUAAUCCCAGUGAGCCAAACACUCAACUUCAGACAGUUUGUCGAUGUGUUGUCAGAAUAGCCCCAGCCUUGAUGACUGAUGUCAGCCUUUGACCAAGUAACA